UGCUUUGUCUUGCUUUUAUUUUGUGCGGCACAGAGGCUCUUCAGACAGGAAGUUCCAAAUACCAGGGACUCUGGAGGUCGGUUGCUUCCAACGUAGUAUUUGUAGAGGUCCUGGUAACAAGCUGUCGUAUAAGCCAAAUCCCGCGCCGGGAAAUUCUCCCACGCUCUUUGUUCUCCAACCACUCCCUUCAUUUUCUUGUCGCAUCUAGCUUCGACGCGUUCCAUCCCAUAUCACUACCACGAACAUGCUACACACGAAUAUUUCAUUGAUAUCCAGCUAUAUCAAGCCUCACCGUGCGGAAGCUAUCGCUAGAAUACGAACCAACACUUUCUUCCUCGUUCUUCUGGCCGUCGCUACGCAUCUUCUUCCGCUACCAUCACUCCCUCGCGCCAUUCGUGCAGUAUCCUCAAACUCAGAUGCGUAUGAUGGAAUAUAUGGCUACCUGUGUCUUCUAGAGGUGGCGCUGAGCAGUGUCCUCGUGUAUAACAUACUACAAUCCCUCUAUGCCAUAAAAUAUCCGCGUCCAAUGCCUCCACCUCCUUCGUCAGCAAAAUCGAAGCGAAAGGCCAUCCAAGUAUCUCCAACGCCUCCUCGGAGGCUCUCCCAGCUAGUAACGCCCAAAAAAAUCUCUGAUUCAUCAUUUGUACCCUCAUCAUCUGUACCGCAUCCUACUGCAUCUCCACUGAGGUACACCCUCCCCGGAUCGUCGACCAGCACGUUCGCUUCGACUGGUUCCUUACCGCCUACCCCAAGCCCAGUGGUCUCAGCUUAUCGGGGGAAACAAUUGACAUCGAAUGUGGGCCGUCCAAUAGAUGGCGCUUUCAUCAACCGUUUGAAGACAGAAGAUGAUGACGAUAUGCGAUGAGAAUAGAAAGGGCUAUAUACGAGUAUCUAUCCUCGCAAUUCAGGUCGAGGCAUGUGCAAUAUUACAUCGAGUCAUUCAGAAUCUGCUUCAAUUCAUCUACCGGCAUCCGUGCCUCGAAUUGGACAUUGAAAGGCAAAGGAUGGAGGUUGACUGUGGGAGUGAAUGCAAGAGUAUCAAUGGGAGACUCGUCCAUUUGCCUCAGACGGAAUGCCCAGAGAACAAAAGCCGUGGUAAUGAACAGAGAUUUGUUUGCUAGAUGCUGACCAGGGCAAACU